CUUACUUAUCUAAGUACUUUGCCUUCUUUCUCUCUCCUUAUGCAAUUUUGAGAGCCACCAUUAAAAACCCACCAUUUCUUUCCUCCAUUAACUUCAAAGCUCUCAACUUUUUGUUCUCCCAUGGAAGAAGUUUGGAAAGACAUUAAUCUCUCCUCUCUCCACUCCCGUUCCGACCAUGAUUUCCCCUCCGCCGCCGCUACUCCCAUCAGCCUCCACCUCCACCACCAACACUCCGCCGCCAACUUCCGCCACAUCAUCCUCCAAGACUUCCUCUCUUCUUCCACUUCAAAACUUGACUCCUCCUCCGCCGCCGCCGCUGCUGCCGUCGCUGCCGUUGCUCCUCCACCCACUGUCUUAUCCUUGAAUUCCACCCGCGAAUUGCAUUUCCCAGAUAACGCCGCCGUCGCCGCCGCCGCCGCCGCCCACUUCUGCCACCCGAACCCUUCCUCCGCCACCGCCGCCUUCCACAGCCCCUUUGACCAAGUCCUCGGCCCACCGCCUUUCGCUAAGAAAAGGGUCCCUGAUUCUGACUCGAAUAACUCCGGCGACCGGCGGCAGAAACGCAUGAUAAAAAAUCGGGAAUCCGCCGCCCGAUCUCGUGCUCGAAAACAGGCUUACACAAACGAGCUGGAGCUUGAAGUGGCACAUUUAAUGGAGGAAAAUGCAAGAUUAAGGAGACAGCACGAAGAGCUCCGAGCAGCUGCGACGGCGCAAACGUCAAGGAAGCACAGGCUGCAGAGGACCUCAACGGCGCCGUUUUAGGAACAGAGGGUUUUUUUUGGGAAUUAUUAAUAUGUGAAGUUAAUUUUGUGGGGAUGAAAAGGAAGGAAUUUGUGAUGUUUGCAGAAAAACCCUUUUGUUAUUUAGGAACAAAAAUUUAACAAAGACACUAAUUUUCAACCCUCUUCAAGCUCAUAGCUACAUAAAAGUCAAUU